CACGACGUCACUUCCGCUUUGAGGUUGACAGCAAAACAACAAAAGACGGACCGAUAAAAACAUCCAGAAAGACGCAGUUUUAACGUCGAUACUUUUACAGGAUGAAGGUGAUGACCUCACAGCAGGAGAUGGAGGAGGAGAGCAACUCACCUUCUGCUGAAUGUAACAACCACCACAUCUGUGAAAACAGAGAAGAGGAGGAAAUACCUCCUGACCUUCAGGAAGAACAAUCGAAUGACACAAAUAAAGAUCACCCCGUCCAAGAAGCAGGAGUCAUGUGGAGAAUGGGCGGCGGCCUGUUCAGCAUGACUCGAAACGUCGUUGGUGCAACCCUGGGGGGCGUCGCAUGGGUAGGAACAAAAAGUUUCGAGCUCACCAAGACAGCUGUUACCAGCGUUCCAGCAGCCAGUGCAGGAUUGGUCAAAGGAAGCGUCUCCAUGGUAACAGGAGGCGUUGGAGCUGUAGGAUCUGCGGUGGCGAGUAAAGUCACACCGAGGAAGAAAGACAAAGCCGACUGAUGGACAGUGGGAUUGUUUGUGUGAGUGUGUUUGUGUGGGUGUGUGAGUGAUGCAAACAAGAGCAAAAUGUCUUGAAAGCUCAGAACGGAUUUUCAUCACAGAUCUUCAGACUGAAGCGGCGCACUCUCAUGCAGCAGCAAAGACACAAAAGCAGGGAGAUGUCAGUGGAAAUCUGCUACUGAAGGGGCAUGGCUGAUGAUGAUGCAACAUUACAGCAUUAAUGCAAGAACAGGGCGUAGGCACAUUAAAGCUGAAUAUUUAAAUUCUAAAAUAUCAAUUUAAGCUUGUUUGAAAAGUGGAGGUUUAACGGGUAGCUGCAGGUGUCUGCUCAUCCGUAACUCUGAGAUGUUGUCUUCAGUUCCUUAAGAUGUAAAAGUUAAGACAAUUUACAAAAAUAGCUGCGUAUAUUAAAACUUGAAGUAAAACUAAAUGCCUAAUUGAACACAGUUUGAUGCUGAUUGGUCUUAGGAGAGUUAUAGAUGAAAGUAUGAAGAUACCAGACACAAAAACCCCAAUUAUUUAUCGAAUCAGGGAGCAUUUUUGCUGUAAACCUCUGACUUUUAGUCAUUUAGUGUUACAAAAAUAAUUUGUAGGUCCUGAAUAAACCUUGUAGACUACCAAAGCUGCAAAUUAACACAUGUACAAAAAAAUAAUUGAGGCAAACCAGCAUCUCCUGUUUUGCAGGGUGAAAUUUUUGUAAUUGGAGUCUGGUGGCUUAAAAGAGAGAAAGCUGUUUCCAGUUAACACCUUCAGUUAAACUUUUAUUUUUCCAUUGAGGUCCAUUACAAUCUGGAAUAAUCCUCAGAGGCAAUUCAAAAACAUUUUGUAAUUUUUCGUCAUUUCCACUGAAAUUUCAUCUAAAAAUGUAUUAUUUAUGAGGAAAAUAUGUCUUCAAAAAGCAAAAGAUGUGAAUAUUUAGAAGACAUGAUGAGAAGAAGAAGCAUGUCUAAUUGGAAGUUUAAUAAUGUAAACUUAUUUUUAUUAUAUUUUGAACAAGUUACUGUAUGCUAUAUUUGACUGUAUAAUAACAUCACUCCUCUCCUCCCUUGUUCAUGUGUCGAUCAGUUAAACUGAAUCCACUACCUGUAAGCUCCAGAACAGACUGAAAGAAAACAAGUGAAAUUUAAGAUGAUUUAGGGAUAUUUUACGAGUUGUAGCAAAAGUUUUUACCAGCAGAAUGUGGUUUUAUUUCCUGUAAAUAUGCGACUUUAUAAUCUCUAAAACUGAGGGUUUUUUUUUUUUCCAAAAUGUUGAUGUUUCCGCACAAAAAUUGACAGAUUCUCUUCAUUUUUUCAACUUUUAGGUUGGCCUUAAUACAUUGUUUCUAAUCAUGGUUUAAAAAAAAAUGUAUGUAUGUACAUCUAAUUUUGACAACGUCAGAGCAGACAGGGUAACGCCCCCCCCCCCCGAGAUCUUUGGCGCCCCCCUAGGGGUGCCCGGACCCCAGGCUGGGAACCACUGUAUUAAGCCACAUCCAUUUUCUAAGAGGGAUGGAGUCAGGCGUGGAGUCAGACAGCUCAGUAACAUUUAAAGCCACACACACACAGAAACAACUUGUUCUGAGCAGGGCUGAAACAGAGGGGUUUUUAGACAUACAAACAUCUAAUACUGGAGUGUUUCUUCAGCAACAAACUUCACAGGCAUGUUUUGGGGACCUCUGAGACCAAUAUAAACUUGUCUUAAAGGGGUAAAAUAUGUGACCUUUAAGCAACCAAAAAAUCUCUUCAUAUACUUCCCAUAGGAAGGGCAGGAAGUCACUGUGAUGUCACUCAGUUGUUUAAAGGUUGGCAAUUUCAUUGUUUCCACCCUGGAUAUGCAGAUCCAGAAAUGACUGUUUGUAAAUGAGGGUUAAUCCAAAUUGUUGUGCUUCUACCCCUUUCCAAAAGUAGCAUUAGUACGUAGCUGUAUACCAGAAAGGUAGCCAUUUCCCACAGCAAACCUUUCUCUAUUGCUUGGGAUUAUAACUUUAAAAUAAACAUCAUGCUGUGCUUAAGAUGACUUGAAACUAGUGACUGUGACCUUAAAUAAAAAGGGGAACAUUUGUGAAAAUUAGGGCUGAUGUUAAUAUUGAAAAGAAAAAAUUAAGCCGAUUGUAGAUAUUAAUGUUUUUUCAUUACACCUUUAAAUCUAAGACUUCCAGUGUGCCAACAUGCUCUCUCGUGUUUGACCACAAAACCAGAACACACUUCUUCUUCCUAACAAAAAAUCAGCAGUGAGCAGUUAGGUGUGUUAGAUGCUAGCAUUAAAUUGAGGUGAGACAACUGAUAAAUAAGGCUACUGAUAUUUCUUCAUGCCACAUUAUUUACUGAUGGCCGAUGAUUGUUAACAGGGCAGAUAUCUGCCUGAUCCUGAUGUUAAACUGAUGUAUAGGUACAUCCCUAUAUUAACCUGCUGAGGCAUGAGCUUUUGUUUAGACGGCAUUUUUAGUUUAUCUCACUUAGGAUUAGUAAGACUUGAUAAGUUAAAAACCGCAGCUUGUCUUAGAAUAGGUAUAUGGUUUGUCCACAAAUGAUGUCUGCAAAUCUACUGAAGGUCCUGUUUCUGCAGAAAAUAGACCACUGGAUAAGUUUUUGAGCAUCUGUGUUAGCUGUUUCGGCCAAGUGAUCAGUAGCUGGGUGAUUUCAGUCAGGAAGAAAUGGUGGCAGUCAUUGAGAGAGGAAGAGUGUAGUCAUGUUUCUUGUUAUUUUGAUGAUGACCACAAGGACUUGUUUAGAUGAAGCAUGAACAAAAUUUCCUGUAAAAAUUCAGAAUUUCUUGGAAGUUGUCUUUACCAAAUAUCGUAUUCAUUUAUAAAUAAUAUAUAUAAUAAUAAUAAUAAUAAUAAUUAUAUAUAUAUCUAUUUGUAUCUCAUUUGAUACAUUAGGUGUUUUUGGUAACUGAUGAUCCACUUGAGGGCAUUUUUUAUCAUUUAUCAGAUUGUAUUCAGAUUUUUUUUUUAGUAAUUUGUUGGUCAUAUUGAUUGGAUAGAGGUAUCAUAAAAGUGUGUAUCAAAUAUGAUACAACAGGCUUUAAGGGGUUAAGAUACACAGUCCACCAAACUCCUUGUAAAUGAUGGAAAAUUCCCCAAAACAUCCAAACAAAUUCCCUGAAAUGUCAAAAGAUUGCAGUACACCCCCACUCCAGAAUUCCCUAUUUAAUUCCCAACAAUUACAAUUGCAUUUCCUAAAUUUACACUCAGAUGGCUAACAGUUUCCAAACAAAUCCCCCCCCAAAUCCAAACAAAAUCUCUAAAUUCCCAUUAAAAAUUGUAUUUUUUUUUUUUUUAGCAAAUUAAACCCCAGCUUUAGAAUAAAACUCUACAUAAUGUACAAUAAUAUCCCCAAAAAUUCCAUGAAAAUAUUUGAAAAUUUCCUAGCGAUUCCCUCAGAUAUUCAAAUACACCCCUUAAAAAUUUUCAUGAAAAUUUCCAAGCAAAUUCUCCCAAUAUUAUAAGCAAAUUACUCAAACUUCAGUGGACAUUCCUGACAAUUAUCCAAAAACUUGUAAUUGCAGAAGUUAUUACUUUACUGUUGGAAAUAAAGUCCUCAUAUGUACAUGCAGGGUCUUCGGAGGUUAAAGUCACUUAUAAAAUGUUACCUGAGAUGACUAAAGUGAAUAGUCCUUGUCUGCUGAGCAUUAGAAAGAGAAUAUGUCUGUGUUUGCCUCACUUCUGAAACCAAGUGGCUACUGUAUGUCUCCUGCAAUCAGUGGUUCAUGAUUAUGAGCAAGUGUACACACAAACACAAAAAAGCAUGUUCUUCUUGUGCAAAAAAUGUUUCUGCUUGCGCAGUAAAACCAAAACCUUUUAUCUUUAGAGCAUCAAAGGUUUGAAAACAACCAUCAACCCAUUUAACAAGAAUUAUGGAUUAUCUGCUAAAUAUCUCUUUGUUAAUGACAGUAAGUGAACUGCAUUACAGUUUACUUUUCAUUCUGGUAAAAUCACAUGUGUUCAUCAUUCUUACUAUGUUUUUGCAGAAAUCUGUCCAGAAGAGAGAGCGAAAAAGAAUGCUGUGAAAACAUGCAUCCUGAGUUUUGCAUGUCUCAGUGUGAAAUUAUUUUCAUGCUGGCAAAGGCAGAGUGAAAUUUACACUGGGAAGGGCUGGCUGUUUAUUCUGUUUGGUUUCUCUGUGCACUCCUGCAUAUUUACACUAGUUUCUCUGGCUUUACUGCUGGUCGUAAGAGGGUUAAUUAUUGGCUGUUGAGAAUGGCAAAUUCAGUGAAACACUAAAUCGGUGGGAUUGCCAGAUAAAAUUGAGAUCAGUGAUUUAUUUUCACAUAUUUUGCUGAAUGAGCCCAACAAACUGGCAACCCUACAGUAUGAAUUUAGCAACCCCACAUAGCAACAGUUUAGUUCAAUAGUUCUAAUAAAUCUUUAAUGAGGAUUGUUCAACCAAUAAAAUGAAACAAAAGAUCUUGAGUUAAACUAGCAUGAGUAAUUAUUUUUGCUUUUGAUCAUAGUAAGACUUUCUGUUUUAUACCUUGAUUUAUUGUUUUCUGUAGUUUUGGGUAAAACAUUUUGUAGAUUUCCCUGUUGGAGUAGUUUCUCAUAAACACAGUUCUGAGAGUUAAAAGUCUCUUACAAAUUGAUCAGCCUCUGAAUUAAAGUGUUACUUUUUCUCUUUAAGUUGACUCAGUAUUAAACUGAUCUUUGUUGGCUGUCUUUAAACACUUCACUGGGAUGCUGAUGUGUCUCUUUUUCAGUGUGUAGUUUGUUUAUACAGCCACAGUGUCUUGAUUAGAUGAAAAAAUACAAAAAAAAAAAAAAAGUAUUUGAUGGACUCUCUCUGCCCUCUGGUAAUAGCUAAUGCAUCUUUGAUUUGACACAAGCUACAAAAAGGUGCAAAAAGGUCUGUAAACAGUUUAUUAUAGCAUAAAUGUAGGUGACUAUCCUGUCCCUUAUAAUGUGAUGAAUUGACGACCAAACUCUGUUUGCAUUUGUGCGAAUUUUGUAAAUGGAAUGUUUAAAUAAACCCGCAUUUUUUAUUAGAAAAUAAAAUCAUUCUAC